AUGACUUCCGACUACUCCGUUCGCCAGGUCGGCGCUGCCAACACUCUCGACUACCGUCUCUUCAUUGAGAAGGACGGCAAGGUCGUCUCCCCCUUCCAUGACAUCCCCCUCUACGCCGACGAGGGCCAGGGUAUCCUCAACAUGAUCGUUGAGGUGCCCCGCUGGACCAACGCCAAGAUGGAGAUCUGCAAGGAGGAGGCCUUCAACCCCAUCCUCCAGGACACCAAGAAGGGCAAGCUCCGCUACGUCCGCAACUGCUUCCCCCACCACGGUUACAUCUGGAACUACGGUGCCUUCCCUCAGACUUGGGAGGACCCCAACCACAAGCACCCCGACACCAACGCUAACGGUGACAACGACCCGCUCGACGUGUGCGAGAUCGGCGAGGCCGUCGGCUACACUGGCCAGGUCAAGCAGGUCAAGGUCCUCGGCAUCAUGGCUCUCCUCGACGAGGGCGAGACCGACUGGAAGGUCAUUGUCGUCGACGUCAACGACCAGCUCGCUUCGCGCCUCAACGACAUUGAGGACGUUGAGCGCCACCUUCCCGGCUUCAUCCGUGCCACCAACGAGUGGUUCCGUGUGUACAAGAUCCCUGACAACAAGCCCGAGAACGUGUUUGCCUUCUCUGGCGAGGCCAAGCCCAAGAAGUACGCCACCGAGAUCAUCUUCGAGUGCCACAAGGCUUGGAAGAAGCUCAUCAAGGGCGAGGCCCAGCCCGGUGAGAUUUCGCUCGCGAACUCGACCGUCCAGGACUCGAAGGGCUUCACCUCCGACCAGAGCCAGCUCCCCAAGGCCAACCCCCUCCCGGCCGCCCCCAUUGACCCCUCGAUCUCGAAGUCGUUCUUCAUCUCGUCGGCCCAGUCGUAA